AAGUAAGCAGGAUGCUGACGACUGUGUGUUAGUUGCCUGUAAGGUUUUCGUAAGUUAAAGGGGGACGGAGGGGGGGGACAGACCAAAGGCAGAGCUUAUUGUAAGUGUUUGUGCGGUGGGAGGAAGAUCUGACACUGCUCCCGCCAGCAUAGCUGCUGCCUCCCAUCACUAGUGCUCCGGGGUUUGCUCUAGUGCACCCCACCCCCCUCGCUCCCCUUUCUUUCCUCCCUUUCUUCUUUCUUUCUUUCUUUCUCUUUCCCCCUCUCUCCGUGGUAGUUUGCUGAUGUGCAGCCCGGAUCCAUCUUCUGGCAGCAGCAGCACGACCGGGGUCGGCAGCGCGGCGGGCUGCGGGCGCGCAGCGGGAAUCAGGCCGGGCGCGGAGCGGGACGUGGGCAGCGGCCGCCGCCGCCGCCUCCUCCUCCGCGGGAAGUUUGGCUGGGGUUUGACAGAAGCGAGGGGACGCCCUGACAGACAGGAUCUCCCGGCCUGAGUCCACCCCCUGCGCCCACCCACACACCCAGUGACUUUCUCCCUGGCGAGGUGGCGGGCUGGGGGCCAGGAGGGGCAGCAGCGCUUAUGGUCCUCGCUCUGUGUUGCACCCGUCUGACUGAGGCUACCUAGGGAGCACCGCCUCUCGUAAGAGCCUCCAGGUGGAGAAAGCAAAAAUCCCCAACCUCCUUCAAAACCUGUGGUUGCUCCAUCCCUUACCCAUCUUUCCCAAGCCGGCGUGGACUGCUGACCGGUCGCCUAAUUCAUCUGCACCCUGCCCACCGCCUCCAUCCCGAGGGAGGAUGAAAAUGCUUUGCUGGAGGAUGGCACUAUGGCUGGCCGGGUGGACUGUCUGUGGGAAGCCUUCCUCCUGCUCUGGCCUUGAUUAUGACUACACUUACGAUUUCACUGAAGAGGAUAAAGCUGAGGCGAUAGAUUAUAAGGAUCCUUGCAAAGCCGCUGUCUUUUGGGGAGAUAUUGCCUUAGAUGAUGAAGACUUAAAAAUCUUUCAAAUUGACAGGACGAUUGACCUUACGCAGCACUCCAACGAAAGACUUGGCCAUAACACAGGUGGAUUUGGAGAGCAUGGAAUGUCAAAAAAACGUGGUGCCCUCUAUCAGCUUAUAGACAGGAUAAGAAGAUUUGGCUCUGGCUUUGAGCAAAAUAAUACAUCUAAAGGAAGAAGUACUGUAAAAUUCUCAGGGAAAAAUGAGAAAAACCGAUUUCCCAGAGCUGCUACAUCACGAACAGAAAGAAUAUGGCCAGGGGGUGUCAUUCCAUAUGUAAUAGGUGGAAAUUUCACUGGUACUCAGCGUGCCAUGUUCAAACAGGCUAUGCGGCACUGGGAAAAGUACACAUGUGUCACCUUUAUUGAACGAAGCGAUGAAGAAAGUUACAUUGUAUUUACAUACAGACCAUGUGGGUGCUGUUCUUAUGUGGGCCGAAGGGGAAAUGGUCCUCAGGCUAUAUCUAUUGGGAAAAACUGUGAUAAAUUUGGUAUAGUUGUCCAUGAGUUGGGUCACGUGAUAGGUUUUUGGCACGAACAUACACGACCAGACCGUGAUGACCAUGUCACCAUCAUUAGAGAAAACAUCCAGCCUGGUCAGGAAUACAACUUCUUGAAGAUGGAGCCUGGAGAGGUGAACUCCCUUGGGGAACCAUAUGACUUUGACAGCAUUAUGCACUAUGCCAGGAACACCUUCUCAAGGGGCAUGUUUCUGGAUACCAUUCUCCCUUCCCGUGAUGAUAAUGGUAUACGACCUGCCAUUGGCCAGCGUACUCGUCUAAGUAAAGGAGAUAUUGCACAGGCAAGGAAGCUGUAUAGAUGUCCAGCCUGUGGAGAAACACUGCAAGAAUCUGCUGGCAACUUUUCUUCUCCAGGAUUUCCAAACGGUUAUCCUUCCUACACACACUGCAUAUGGAGAAUCUCUGUGACUCCAGGGGAGAAGAUUGUUUUAAACUUCACCACUAUGGACCUUUACAAGAGCAGUCUCUGUUGGUAUGACUAUAUUGAAGUAAGAGAUGGCUACUGGAGAAAAUCACCUCUGCUCGGCAGGUUUUGCGGUGACAAAUUGCCAGAAGUCCUUGCAUCCUCUGACAGCAGGAUGUGGAUUGAGUUCCGCAGCAGCAGCAAUUGGGUUGGGAAAGGUUUUGCAGCAGUUUAUGAAGCCAUCUGUGGAGGUGAAAUUCACAAAAACGAAGGCCAGAUCCAGUCUCCCAAUUAUCCUGAUGACUACAGACCAAUGAAGGAAUGUGUGUGGAAAAUAACAGUGUCAGAAAACUACAAUGUAGGAUUAACCUUUCAAGCAUUUGAGAUUGAGCGACAUGAUAACUGUGCAUAUGACUACUUGGAAAUUCGAGAUGGAAUGAAUGAGAACAGUCCUUUAAUUGGUCACUUUUGUGGCUAUGACAAGCCAGAAGACAUUAGAUCUACCUCUAAUACCCUGUGGAUGAAGUUUGUUUCUGAUGGAACCGUUAACAAAGCAGGAUUUGCAGCUAAUUUUUUUAAAGAGGAAGAUGAAUGUGCCAAACCUGACAAUGGUGGCUGUGAGCAACGCUGUGUAAAUACGCUGGGCAGUUACCAGUGCGCCUGCGAUCCUGGCUAUGAACUCGGUCCUGACAAAAAGAGUUGUGAAGCUGCUUGUGGAGGACUCCUGACAAAGCUAAAUGGGACUAUAACAACACCAGGGUGGCCCAAAGAGUAUCCUCCAAACAAAAAUUGCGUGUGGCAGGUGGUUGCCCCGACGCAAUACCGAAUUUCAAUGAAGUUUGAAUUUUUUGAGCUAGAAGGGAAUGAAGUUUGCAAAUACGACUAUGUGGAGAUUCGUAGUGGCCUUUCUUCCGAUUCUAAACUACACGGUAAAUUCUGCGGAACAGAAGUGCCUGAAGUUAUCACCUCUCAGUACAACAACAUGCGAAUUGAGUUCAGAUCUGACAACACUGUGUCAAAAAAAGGCUUCAAGGCACACUUCUUUUCAGACAAGGAUGAGUGUUCAAAGGACAAUGGUGGCUGCCAGCAUGAGUGCAUCAACACGGUAGGAAGCUAUGUUUGCCAGUGUCGAAAUGGAUUUGUGCUACAUGAAAACAAACAUGACUGCAAGGAAGCUGAGUGUGAACAGAAGAUCCACAGUCCCAAUGGCAUCAUCACAAGUCCCAACUGGCCUGACAAGUAUCCCAGCAGAAAGGAGUGCACAUGGGAAAUCAGUGCCACCCCUGGACAGAGGGUCAAAUUGACCUUCAAUGAGUUUGAGAUAGAACAACAUCAAGAAUGUGCUUACGACCACUUGGAAGUGUUUGAUGGUGAAACUGAGAAGUCACCAAUUCUGGGACGCUUAUGUGGCAGUAAGAUACCAGAACCUCUUAUUGCUACAGGAAACAAAAUGUUUCUACGCUUUAUUUCUGAUGCAUCAGUACAAAGAAAAGGCUUCCAAGCAGCACACUCUACAGAGUGUGGUGGUCGGCUGAAAGCUGAAACUAAGCUCAAAGACCUGUACUCACAUGCCCAGUUUGGUGAUAACAACUAUCCAGUCCAGGAAGACUGUGACUGGCUUCUGGUUGCAGAGCGUGGCUACCGAGUAGAAUUGAUGUUUCAGACAUUCGAGGUUGAAGAAGAGGCAGACUGUGGCUAUGAUUAUGUGGAGCUCUUUGAUGGUUAUGAUAAGACAGCUGUGAGACUUGGUCGAUUUUGUGGAUCUGGGCCACCUGAAGAAAUCUAUUCAGCAGGGGAAGCUCUUUUACUUCACUUUCAUACCGAUGAUACAAUCAACAAGAAAGGAUUUCAUAUACGAUACAGGAGUAUAAAAUAUCCAGAUAGUGUGCGCACCAAAAAAUAACACAAGAACCUCUGUGCCAGGAAAGGUGACAAAGAAAGAACGCACAUUUGAAAGCAAGGAAGGCAUGUCGUUUUUUAAAAAACCCUGAAGUUAUUAGCACAAAUAUGUUUUAUAUGAAUUCAGUUGAAAUGAUGACUUAUAUACCAGAGACUUAAAUAAAAAGAAAUAGAAAAAUCACCUGUCCUGGUGGAAUAGUCAAGAUGAUGAUGUGCAGACUCCAUACGUGACUGCCUCUGCAAAGCCUGUGAAAGGACUUUACACUUAGGGAGAAUAUGAGAGCUUUGUUCGUGUUUUGACAUUUGUCAUGGAUGCGUGCAGAUUCAGUUAUUUGCAUUCAGGGGAAGUGACCUUGCAGACUGUUCUUCCUUCAGACAAUUGUCUGUUAUCCAGGAGGAAAAAAAAAAAGAAGCUCCUUUGGGUUACACACUCAAAAUAUUGUCCUUAUAUCUAGUUGCUUUGACUUCGUAUCCUGCUUAUGGUGUGUACAAGGAUCUCAAAGAAGAUACGAAAUGAGAAGGUCUUCCUGCAUUGUUCUGUAUUUUUUACAAAUUCAUCUAUCCUAUCAGGGUAUCAGUGUUUUGAAACUGGAAAAUCCUCCUUCUGAAACAUAGCUAUUCUCUGGAGUAUUUUGUUUUACUAAUGACUGAGAAGUCUGAACUGUUACAUCAGUCAUUUCUAGUUGACCAAUUGCUAGUUGACUGAAUUUGAACAGUGUAUCUGAAAAUGUUUGGUUUACUGUUUAAGUAAGCUAUCUCUGAUGAUGUGCUCUUAUUUUGCACUGAACAUAGAAAGAGACUGAGAUGAAAACCUGUCCUGAAUCAAAAUCUGUAUCCAUGAGACAGAGAAAUAAUCACGGAUCAUCUGAAACUCCUCAUAUUGAAUUUGUUUUCAGCAGUGUAUUUGGAACCACUACUAAGCUUUACUUCUUCAGACCUCUUUGUGAAUGAGCUAAUUGUCUGCUUCAGUGGCUCAGAAAUGAAGCUGCAGUAGUAUCCAAGAGGAAGGUUUCCCAAAGAC